CCGCUAACUUCUGUGUGGUCAGCCAGUCGAAGCAUGAGGUCUCUCGGCUAUUUUUCUUUUUAACCGUGGAUACUGUCGUCUAUUGUACCGUCAAGGCUGUGAAGAUAUAGUCAGUAUUUGAUUUUUUUUUAACCUCCCAGCCGUUGGAAACAGAAACGUCGCCCCGUGUUGAACAGCCAACUCUACUUUGUACGUUAGCUAUCCAUCUUGACCAGCGUCCUGUUAACAAUGUUACGAUGUUAACAGCUGCUGUCGAGGCGAAUUAUCAUUGAGAUUUUUUUUGUAUUUAUCACAGCUGGAUGGCUACACUACCUGCCGGCUUGCUUACAUGCUGUUUUGUCGAUAGUCACUUGAACUCUGCGUCCGGAAUACAUUUUCUUGGCGGAAAUAACGUGAGCUGAGCGCCUAGUUCUCUCCUCCGAAGAUGUCUUUUUUCAAUUUUCGGAAGAUAUUCAAAUUAGGACCGGAUAAGAAAAAGAAGCAGUACGAACAUGUUCACCGAGACGUGAAUCCUGAGGAAAUAUGGGAGAUCAUUGGGGAACUGGGAGAUGGGGCGUUUGGGAAAGUAUACAAGGCUCAGAACAAGCAGAAUGGGACGCUGGCUGCUGCCAAGGUGAUUGACACUAAGACAGAGGAGGAGCUGGAGGACUACAUGGUGGAGAUUGAUAUCCUGGCCUCCUGCAACCAUCAUCACAUUGUCAAACUGCUGGAUGCCUUCUAUUAUGAAACCAAACUUUGGAUUCUGAUUGAGUUCUGUGCGGGUGGUGCAGUGGAUGCCAUCAUGUUGGAACUGGAGAGGCCCUUGACGGAGCCUCAGAUCCGUGUGGUGUGUAAGCAGACCUUGGAGGCCUUGGCUUACCUCCACGAGAACAAGGUCAUCCACAGAGACCUGAAAGCUGGGAACAUUCUCCUUUCCUUGGACGGAGAUGUGAAACUGGCUGACUUUGGGGUGUCUGCUAAAAAUACCAAGACAUUACAGAGAAGAGACUCUUUCAUUGGCACUCCAUAUUGGAUGGCUCCAGAGGUCGUAAUGUGCGAAACCUCCAAGGACCGCCCGUACGACUACAAGGCUGAUAUCUGGUCCCUUGGGGUCACCCUAAUUGAGCUGGCGCAGAUCGAGCCGCCCAACCACGAGAUGAAUCCUAUGAGAGUGCUACUGAAAAUAGCCAAGUCUGAGCCACCCACACUCAUGCACCCCUCUCGCUGGUCACCAGAAUUUAAUGACUUUUUGCGGAAGGCACUUGAUAAGAAUGUGGACAAUCGAUGGGGCACAGUGCAGCUCCUACAGCACCCUUUUGUCACCAGUGUAGCUGACAGCAAACCUCUGAGAGAGCUGAUUGCUGAGGCCAAAGCUGAAGUAACAGAGGAGAUUGAAGAAGGCAAAGAGGAGGAGGAGGAGGAGGAAGCAGAUGUUCCUGUGGUGGUUCCCGGACACAAGCGGGCACCAUCAGAUGCCAGUGUGGCCAGCUCAGAGGAUGACAAAGUUCCUGCCACUACCUCCACUCUGGAGUCUGUUACAGAGAAGAUAGAGGCUGAGCCUGCUGAAGACAUGACGAGCGAUAAGCUCUCUGAUGAAGGACUGGGGACAAGCGAGGUUGACAAGGCUGAGGAGGAGAAACUCAAUGAGGUGUCUGACGCCAGUAAUGAGGACCUGGCCACUGGGCUAAUGGAGCCUACCAAGGGCUUAAUCUCAGAGGAUUCUGCAGAGCCUAAACCAGAGGAGGCUCAAGCUGAGGAGAUUUCUGCUGGGCCUGUAGUAUCACAGCUAGAAGAAUCUUUAGACACAGCUGAUACGCAAGAACCUGUGGUGGUUAGUCAAGAAACAGAAGAGGGACAGGCGGAGACACAAGACAAGACAACAGAGGAUAUAUCCUAUGAAACCAGAGAAACAGAGCCUGAGGAGGUGAGAGAAGAGGAGAAAGAUGAAAAAGAAACAAGCACGGUAGAUAAUGAGGUGAGUGUUCAGCCUACUGAACCCACAGACUCAGAAGAGCAGCCUAAACAUGGCCGAGAUGAAAUAGAUUCUAUAUCGGGAGAAGUAACACAGGCAGAAGAAGAGAGCAAGGGACCUGCUGAAGACAUGCCUCCACAACAAGUUACUGAGGUGACAGAGGCCCACGUGCAUGAUGGUAUCAACAUUAAAAUGAACAAAUCAGAAGAUAUAGAAUCAAACCUGGGGUCAAAUGUUGUCGAUAUAGACAUAAACGGAGCCACGGACACAGAGUUAACCAUGGCUGAGAGCUCCACUGACAUUUUGGUAGAGAAAGAGACCACAGAGAGUGAACUCAGUGGAAUGACAGAAGAGAAGCCAGAGGAUGAGGCCCUAGAGGAAGCAGAGCAGUCUACACAAGAUAAGCAGGCCAAAGAGGAGAGUGAACUAGAGGACCACACAGCAACUGAAUCCAUAAAUGGAGUCAAAGAGGAAACCAAAGACACCUUUGAGGAUUUGGAAACAGUGACCCUGUCUAAGGCUGGCCCUGACAAGGAAGAAGAGGACAAGGCUGCUCAUGAAGAAGAAAGCACUCAUCAAGAUGCUGUUUCUGUCCAGGAGAGUGAAACUGAGUCAGACACCAAGACAGAGCAGGGAAGCCCUGCCAUCAUGGUCAAGCCAGAUGUGGAGAAGGACUCAGACUCUGGAAGCAGCUCUGCUGCUGAUAGCAGCAGCCUUGACCUCAAUCUGUCUAUCUCCAGCUUCCUGUCCAAGAGCAAAGACGGGGGCUCUGUUUCUGUGCAGGAUACCAAACGUCAGAAGAAGACUCUAAAGAAGACACGCAAGUUCAUAGUGGAUGGCGUUGAGGUCAGCGUGACCACAUCAAAGAUAGUGACAGAUAAUGACACGAAGAAUGAGGAGAUGAGAUUCCUGAGGCGCCAAGAGCUAAGGGAGCUGCGCCUCCUGCAGAAGGAGGAGCAGAGGGCCCAGCAGCAGCUCAGCAACAAACUGCAGCAGCAGAGAGAGCAGAUCUACCGACGCUUUGAACAGGAGACCACUGGUAAGAAGCGUCAGUAUGAUCUAGAGGUGGAGAACCUGGAAAAGAAGCAGAAGCAGACCAUUGAGCGUCUGGAACAGGACCACACCAGCCGACUCCGGGACGAGGCCAAACGCAUCAAAGCAGACCAAGACAAGGAACUCUCUAAGUUCCAAAACAUGCUGAAGAACCGGAAGAAAGAGGCAAAACAGGAAGUUGGACAGUCACCCAAACACAUGAGAAAAGAGCUGUUGAAACGCUUAAAGGAGGACCUAUGGCUCCUUAAGACUGCAGAGGAGCAGGAGUUUCUGCAGAGGCAACAACAGGAGCUGGAUGGAGCUCUGAAGAAGAUCAUCCAGCAACAUAAAAUUGAGAUCGCCACUAUCGAAAGAGACUGCCUCAACCACAAGCAGCAGCUGAUGCGAGCUCGAGAAGCAGCAAUGUGGGAGUUAGAGGAGCGCCAUCUGCAGGAGAAGCACCAGCAGCUAAAGCAGCAGCUGAAAGACCAGUACUUCAUGCAGAGACACCAGCUGCUAAAGCGGCAUGAGAAGGAAAUGGAGCAGAUGCAGCGCUACAACCAGCGGCUGAUAGAGGAGAUGAAGAACAAACAAACCCAGGAGAGAGCUCGUCUGCCCAAGAUCCAGCGCAGCGAGGCCAAGACACGCAUGGCCAUGUACAAGAAGAGCCUCCGCAUCACUGCUGCCGCUGGCACGCCAGAGCAGGAGAGGGAGAGGAUAAAACAGUUUGCUUCCCAAGAGGACAAGAGGCAGAAGAGCGAGAGACUGCACCAGCACCAGAAACAUGAGAACCAGAUGAGGGAUCUGCAGCUGCAGUGUGACUCAAACAUCAGAGAGCUGCAGCAGCUACAGAAUGAGAAGUGCCACCUGCUGAUUGAGCAUGAGACCCAGAAGCUGAAGGAGCUGGAUGAGGAGCACAGCCAAGAGAUAAAGGAGUGGAGAGAGAAGCUAAGGCCCAGGAAGAAGGCGCUGGAGGAGGAGUUCACACGCAAGCUUCAAGAGCAGGAGGUCUUCUUCAAGAUGAGUGGCGAAUCCGAAUGCCUUAACCCCACCACCCAGAGUCGAGUCUCCAAAUUUUACCCCAUACCAAACAUGCACAGCUCCGGCUUAUAGCCCUCUGUCAGUCUGUACAACUGAGCAGACACACCUAACAAACAUGGCUGUGCUCAUAGACCCUUCCCAAGUGGAGUGGACCACAUUUACUCUGACCGUCACAGAUCCCCUUAAACAUGUAAAUGUUUUUGUCUGCACUGCUUUGAUUCCACCAUUGGUGAGUGUGACGUGCCUAAUUCAAGUACAAAAACAUACACACACAAAAACAUACUGUCCCCGCAUUUUAUCUCUUCUCUCAGCUUGUUGGGAAAUGUCCAAUGACAAUGCACUUUUUCUGAGCAUGUUUCAAAUUGUAAAAAUCUGCAGUAGGUAGCUAAGGCAAAUCAUGCUUAUCAAAUGAAAUAUAAGCACAGCCUGCUACAGUAAGAAUGAUCUCCAGUGCCUAAUAAGUUUUUUUUUUUUUUUAGUCAUCUAGGCUACAGCCUGUGUUUCUUACGGAGUGCAGUAAAUAGUGUCCCCUGAAUGUUUUGCACUUAAUCACACAAAACGGUUAGCAUUUCUAACCACAAUUACAAGGUAUGAAGCAUUAUUUUUAUCAUUUCACACGCGCUGGUGCUCGAGCCAGGUGAAGAGGUCUUAUUUGGCUCUGUACAGGGGCAGAGCUAUUGUAAGGGAGAGGCAAGGGGACUCCAGUGAAGUCUCUUAGUUAACAGGGGUUUCACAUGGUUCUGUAGUCUUAUGUGCCCAUUGUCUGAUGUUGUCAUGGGGGUCAAAAUGCCUGUAUGCACCCCAGUGGGAUCAAGGCUGUGUUAAAAUCCAAUGGAAUGUACUGUCUUGUAUAUGAUGUGCUGAAUAAACUGUUAACUGUAUGUUGGUAUGUAUGAAGUGAAGUUAGAUACUGUGCUAAACAUACACUGAGGAUUUUACAGUCUUCAGAUUUUAUUGGAGAAGAAUAAAUCUCUUGCUUUAGUAUAUUGUUUUAUUUCAGUGCUUUACCCCACAAUACACAUUCCCCUGUAUCAUUUCACAGAGGGGUAACUUGUUAUUUCUGUCGGUCAGAAUUCUUGGAGUGACUUAAUACUCAUAAAAAAAAAAAAAAAAAACAUUUUUAUAUGUGAAAUCACUUCUUGGAGUUAUUUUGAAUAUUGUUCACAUAAAUGAAUGCGUUUUUGAGACGUUUUCAUAAGACAUUUUAACACAGGCUUAUACUAAAGGAAUGUAAAGCUGUUGAUUUGCACUGUUUUGCCACUCCAGCUGAAAAUAUGCAGUAGGAUACUGUCAUGUGUAUUUGGCAGUGAGGAGGAAUGUUCAGACUUCCUCUAUCAAGUCACCUUUUUUCCUCACCCAAGCCUAUUUGAACUCAAAACUGACUUAAUUGUUUCAACAUUUUGCCUGCUUUGUAUCUCUGCCAGCAGCAGCCUGGAGGGGAUCAUGCAUUUGGUCGUGUGUAUCUGUCUGUGUGUACAUCAGUCCGCAGCUAAUCUCACAUAAAACCAGGCCUAUUAGCCGAAUAUUUUUUGUGCACAAUUAUAACUGUAUGAUCAAAGACCUCUAGUGGUUGUAGUGAUUCAAAACCUUUUACAAACUUGUAUAUCGCAAUUGAGUGCUAACCCGUCAGCUGUUUUUUUGCCAGCACUGGAGAAGGGGAGAAACGCAGGCAGUGCCUCCAUAGCAUCCCUUCUCCAGGUAGGUGGAAAAAAGGGUCUAAGAAUUGGGUUUUGGAAUUGUCCUUGUCCAGAUUUGCAUGCCAAGGUAAGACAAGAAACCUGGUGGAGCUCUGCACUCUGCUGAGUGCAGUCCUCUGUUUUUUGUUUUGUUUUUGAUUAUUUUUAUUUUUUUACUUUUAAUUUUACCCUUGGCUCCCAAUACAUUUGAACAUGCCCUUAGUAUUUUAUGACUGCAUUUAGUUUUCACAACAUGUAUUCAUGAUAUAUCAAUGCUGUAGUCACUGUUAUGGUGACUUUUUGAGACCAGUGGUGAAUGAAAGGUAUAAUAUUGUGUUGUGAGUCUUUAAGUGUAUGGACCCCAUCGUAUCAGAAUGUGUCCUUUUGCUGUAUUUUCUGAUAAGAACAAAGUACUGAUGGCUCACAUGGAGACCUGUUUCAAGAGGCAGAUAACAUUAUUAGUUUAUUUUGCCACUACAUAUCAUCAGUGCAUGUAAUAAUUUCUGUGUGCUAAGUUCAAAGUAUGCUGACAUUAUCUAGUUUUAGGUGAAAUCUGUUUUCUCACAAAGCUAUGAUGAAGUGUCUUGAAUGCUGGAUUUUUAUUGGGGUAUUGGAAAUUUUGGCUUUGAAUUACACCAUAACCCCAUAGAUUUCAAAUAUUUUAUUUUAUUAUGUUGUAACAAUUUGAUGUUGAUAAAUUGUCAUUCUACCACACUGAAUACUCACUUGCAUUUGUGAGAUCGUAUGUAUUUAAGGUGUCAUUAUAAGUUGACAUUUUUGUUGUAAAUAAAAAUAUUAACUGUUUAUUUACCAUUUAAACUGUCUUCAGACAUCUGGAUGGAAAUUAUUUCAAGAGCUUAUUAACUGUACCAGCUGUUACAGAUGAAUUUGUAAUAAAAAUCAUAUAAAUACCAAGA